GCCUGCAAAGAACAGUAGCCUGUCGUCGUCGUCGUUAUCUUUCUCAAAUUCCCAAAUUAGUUAAUUUCUCCUUCUUCUUCAACUUACUCUGACUCACUCAGCCAUGGCGGUUGGGGUGUCCGUACAGUCACAGACCCACGACGGCGGCCGGCGGUACAACGGCGGCGUCACAAGCUACGUGCUGCUCUCUUGUCUGGUCGCUGCCUCCGGCGGAAUUAUCUUCGGCUACGAUAUCGGCGUCUCAGGCGGGGUGAGUUCGAUGGAUCCAUUUUUGAAGAAAUUCUUCCCGGGGGUUUACAAGAAGAUGAGGGAAGACACUAAGAUUAGCAAUUAUUGCAAAUUCGACAGUCAGCUUUUGACAACCUUUACAUCUUCGCUAUACCUCGCCGGCCUUAUCUCUUCCUUCCUCGCCGCCGUCGUCACACGGGACUACGGCCGCCGGCCGUCGAUCAUUGUCGGCGGCGUUGCGUACAUGGCCGGCGCCGCCGUCGGAGGCGCCGCCGUGAACAUCUACAUGCUCAUCCUCGGCCGCAUUUUGCUUGGCAUUGGCCUCGGCUUCGCUAACCAGUCGGUGCCGUUGUACCUGUCGGAAAUGGCGCCGUCGCAAUACAGAGGAGCGUUCAACAUCGCGUUCCAAGUGUGCCUCACCAUCGGCUACAACAUGGCUACUUUGAUCAACUAUACGACGGCAAAGAUUUCCGGCGGAUGGGGUUGGCGGGUGUCGGUUUCCGCGGCGGGUGUCCCGGCUGCAAUGCUCGGUUUCGGGGCGCUUUUCUUGCCCGAGACGCCGAAUAGCCUCGUCCAACAUAGAAAAAAUGCGGACGAGGCUAGGGAAGGUUUGAAAAAGAUCCGAGGGACCGACGACGUCCAAGAUGAGCUCGAUGAUCUUGUCGAAGCGAGCUACGCUUCCAAGGCGAUAAAACACCCUUUCAAAAAUCUACUUCGCCAGAAGUACAGACCGCAACUAGUGAUGUCUAUAGCGAUACCGUUUUUUCAACAGUUAACAGGAAUAAAUGUCAUAGGCUUUUACGCGCCGAUACUAUUCCUUACACUUGGCUCCGGUGAGAACAUGUCCCUAUUGUCAGCAAUAUUAACAGGGUUAGUGGGCUCGAUUUUUACGUUACUCGCCGUAGUUUUAGUGGAUCGAGUAGGUCGCCGCCCUUUGUUCCACGCCGGGGGCGUGCAAAUGUUGGUAGCCCUAAUUUUGAUCGGAGGGGUGAUGGCGGGGAAACUUGGCGACCAUAAUGUGGUCGAUAAGGGCUAUGCGUGGGCCGUCGUGAUUUUGAUAUGUGUCUAUUUACUAGGAUUUGGGCUUUCGUGGGGCCCACUAACGUGGGUUGUGACGAGCGAGAUAUUCCCGUUGGAGAUCAGAUCUGCGGCCCAAAGUGUCGUGGUUGCGGUGAGCCUAUUUAUGACGUUUGUGAUCGCGCAAACUCUUUUGGCGAUGUUGUGCCACAUGAAGUCGGGGCUUUUCUUCUUCUUCGGGGCGUCGGUGCUCGUAAUGUCGGUGUUCGAGUACUAUAUGAUCCCGGAGACGAAGGGGAUUCCGAUCGAAAAGAUGGGUAAGAUUUGGAGGGAACAUUUUUUUUGGAAAAGAUUUGUUGGCAAUGCCUAUGAGGAUGAUAAGACUUAGGCAUCUUGAGGGCUAACUAGAGCCCUUUUUGUUUAGUAGAAUAAUAUGGUUAUAGUUUUUUUAAUUAGUUUCUAUUUUCUCCGUCCUGUGAGUUAUACUAUCAUUUUUACUA